AUGUUUGAAGUGGGUGGUCUCCUUAAAAAUCAAAUUCUUUUUAUUUUUCUCUUCAAUACAUGCGUUCUUGGGAAUGGCAAUCCCUUGGCGAAGUUUCGCCACCGAAAGUUGGAGCCAAUGUCCAUUAUCCCUUAUUAUUUUGAGGGAAGCCAUGGGCCGGCAAAUUCUCUUCUUGAGAGUUUACUGUUUCAUAAGCAACAACCGUCAUGCAGCACCGUGGCCAGCAGAGUCGUGCUGGGACAAAACCUUAUCCAAGAAGGUCCUGGGGCGCGCCGGCGUUUCUUGUUGUUCAAACUGUCUGGUAAUGGUUUUAUUCUAAUGAGAAUACAGACACACUUUGUGUGUAUGAAUACCGAGUAA